UACUUUGCAUACCCACCAUUAUACUUUUCAGUUUCUUUAAAGAAAGGUGGUGCUUAUUUAUUUCUCGUAAUAAUAUGGCUUUGUUUCUCUCUGUUUCUUUGCUACUCAUUCUCUGUUUCUGCCAUGCUUCAACUCAAGCUUCUGCUCUUCUGGCUAAGCCUCUUGAUGGGCUAGUGGAGAAUGGAGACUUUGAAGAGGGGCCAUCAAAAGCAAAUCUAAAGAAAACAGUAAUAACAGGAAAAUACUCACUCCCCAAGUGGGAAAUCAACGGCUUGGUGGAGUACGUCUCAGGUGGGCCGCAACCAGGUGGAUUCUACUUCGCAAUUCCUCGCGGGGUUCACGCAGUGAGGCUCGGCAAUGAGGCAUCAGUCUCGCAAACUUUGAACCUCGAGACAGGUUCAUUCUACGCCUUAACAUUUGGCGCAACGAGAACUUGCGCCCAAAACGAGGUUCUGAGGGUGUCGGUCCCUGGUCAGUCGAGUGAUCUUCCUCUUCAGACCCUUUAUAGCAGCGACGGUGGUGAUACUUAUGCUUUGGCUUUUAAGGCAGUUUCUGAAGCUGUUAAGGUUACAUUUCAUAACCCUGGUGUUCAAGAAGAUCCUACUUGUGGUCCUCUUUUGGAUGCUGUUGCAAUCAAGCAAAUGCUUCCUCUUAAGUAUACCGAAGGAAACCUAGUGAAGAAUGGUGGAUUUGAAUAUGGACCUCAUGUAUUCAAGAACUUCUCAACAGGAGUCCUACUCCCACCAAAGCAAACAGAUCUAAUCUCACCACUUCCUGGUUGGAUAAUUGAAUCACUAAAACCAGUAAAAUACAUUGACUCAAAACACUUCUCUGUCCCAUCAGGAUUUGCUGCAAUAGAAUUAGUAGCAGGAAGAGAGAGUGCAAUUGCACAAAUUAUCAGAACAAUUCCAAACAAAUUUUACAAUCUCACAUUUACAAUUGGAGAUGCCAAAAAUGGCUGCCAUGGAUCAAUGAUGGUUGAAGCAUUUGCUGCUAAAGAAACAUUGAAAGUUGGGUUUGAAUCAAAGGGAAAAGGUGGGUUCAAGGUUUCAAGUUUAAAGUUCCAAGCUAGUGGUGAGAGGACUAGAAUUACAUUUUAUAGUGCUUAUUAUCAUACUAAAUUGAAUGAUUAUGGUCAUAUGUGUGGUCCUGUUUUAGAUGAUGUUAGUGUGGUUUCUCUUAAAUAUUGAUUUUGUGAAGUUUGGUGGUUGAUUAUAGAGUUUGUGGUUUGUUUUGUAAACUCUGAAAAAAUCUGAUGCCAUUUUGGAGUUUCUUUUAAAUCCAUCUUGGUAUGCAGCUUACUUUGUUAUUCAUAAUUUCAUACAAAUAGUGUGGCUUAA